CAUCCAGUAGCUGUGUGGCAAGUGUGGGUGCUGCAUACCCCACAUGACUUGGUUGUUUUGGCUUGCAGGAGCCUCUGUCAAGUGUGGCACUCUGUCUGGCACAGUCUACUCCCUAGUGUCUUGGUUAACGUGUCCCCAGCAUUAGGCUCUUAUUCUUCAUCGUUUUUUAAUUAUUGUGUUUUAUUUUUUUUGAUUGUGGAGAACACGCUGGCUCUCCUUCACCGAUCAAAGUUUCUUGCCAAGAUUUUUACUCCCUGUUUUGAAGAGAUGUUCAGAUUGUGUGCUUUGUUGAAACUGUGAUUUUCAUUUUCUUAUGAAUGAAGCUGCUGUGUGGGAAGGUGAUGUGCAGUUUCUAUCCGUAGUCCAAAUUACCAGCAGGUAAAUUAACAGAGAUGCAUUCACUUGUACCUUGAGCUUUCUCGCUUCCCUCAAGAUUUUAUACUAUUAACGUACAACAACUAAGUAAAAGGCAGAACAUUGCUUUCUGUUCAGUCAGCCAGUUAAGCCUUCCCCCCACCUCCCUUACUGAGACAAGAUGGUACUCGGUAAGGAAGAGAAAAGCCCAGAGGAGGUGAUGGAAGGAGGAGGCGAGGAAAAUGAACCCAUGAUAGACAAGACACUAGAGGUUCAGGUAGUGCCCGCACAGACAGAGGAGCUUGAAGUGGUGGUUGAAAAUCCGGAUAGUGCAAACCCCAUUAUAAAGACCAAAAUCAAAACUAAGGGCGUCAUCGAGGAGGGGGACGGGCUCUACGAGGAACGUUCCACAUCCUCGGCAUCCGAUGAUGACCAGGGUAUAUCACUGCUGCAGGGGGAUGGAGAACCUGACCAAGGGGAAACAAGUCUCUCCAUCCUUAUGCAGGUCAUGCUUCCAUUCCUGGUUGCUGGUCUGGGUAUGGUUGGAGCGGGGCUCGUGCUCGAUCUGGUCCAGCAUUGGGAGGUGUUCAAGGUGGUGAGCGAGCUGUUUAUCAUGGUGCCAGCGCUGCUGGGUCUAAAGGGAAAUUUGGAGAUGACUCUAGCAUCACGUCUUUCCACCCAUGCCAACCUGGGUCACCUUGACAAGCGGGAAGAGUGCAUAUCCAUGAUAAUUGGCAACCUCGCACUUAUUCAGUGCCAAGCCAUAGUGGUAGGUUUCUUGGCAUCGGUCGCGGCAGUAGUAAUGGGCUGGAUCCCCGAGGGCCUCUUUGACAUCAUCCAUGCGCUGCUGCUUUGUGCCUCAGCGCUUGUCACUGCCUCCCUGGCUUCAUUCAUCUUAGGUGUCAUCAUGGUCGGGGUCAUCCUGUUUUCACGUAAAUGUAAUAUUAAUCCCGACAACGUAGCUACCCCUAUAGCUGCUUCACUAGGAGACUUGACAACACUUGGUCUCCUGGCUUGGAUUGCAUCUGUACUCUAUGCUUCUAAAAACACAGACCAGUGGCUCAGUCCUGUCAUAGUUGUUGGUUAUAUUCUCUCAUUACCACUCUGGGUAUGGUUGGCCUCACGCAACAAGCAUACAAAGGAGGUUCUGUAUUCUGGAUGGACCCCUGUCAUCUCUGCCAUGAUGAUCUCCAGUCUUGGUGGGCUCAUCCUGGACUACACUGUAAGUAGUUACAAAGGAAUUGCAGUGUUCCAACCUGUCAUCAAUGGUGUUGGAGGUAACUUGGUGGCUGUGCAAGCAUCACGCAUCUCAACAGCUCUCCAUGCAGCAGCUCCACUUGGGAAGAUGCCAAAGUUUGUGACAAAUCUAUGCAUCAACCCGAUUUCUGCAUUCUGUGCCAGGGUGGGUCACCCAAGAACGGCUCGUGUGUUGCUGCUCUUGGUGGUUCCGGGGCAUCUUGUCUUUAUGUACACCAUCUCCUACCUGAAGGCUGGCCACACGUCUCUCACACCCAUCUUUGUGGUUACUUAUUUGCUGGCUGCUUUCCUACAGGUGGCCAUCCUGCUAUACGUGGCACAUGUGAUGGUCCACUACAUGUGGAAAGCUUCCAUCGACCCAGACAAUUCUGCCAUUCCUUACCUGACUGCCCUCGGAGACCUUCUGGGCACAGGGCUUCUUGCCAUGGCUUUCCACUUCUUGUAUGUUGUUGGUGACAGAGACGCUGAUGUUGGAGACUAAGUCACAAAAUUGUCGUCUUCUUCAUUUCCUUUAUCUUUAUUUCUAACUCUCUGGCUCUCACUAUCUCUCUUUUUUAUUCAGUGACAAUUGAUCAUGUAUUAUUGUUAUGAUAAAGACAGGUAGAUAUUGGUGGCAAUAUUCUGAUUUUUUUUUUUUUUCUUCUUCUUCUUCUUCUUCUUUUUUGUAGCAUAAAAUAAUUAGGUGUAAUAGGUGCUAGUCUCAUUAAUGCUGUGUCUCGUUACGCUGCAUGUUGUUAAUGUGUGUGUGAGUUGUGUUCUUGGGUUGUGAUUUCACCAGAUGAAAUAUUUGAUAUUUUUAUUAUUAUUAUUAUUCUUUAAAUGUAUUUAUUUUCUGUAUUUUUUUGUUAUUUUUUCAUGCUGUAAAAUUUGCCCAAAACCAAAAACAAAGACUAGAGUUCGUUAUCAGAUGUCCUGCAUGAGAUUUCGCGAUAUAUCUUGUGUUUGUAGACAUUAUGUGCUUGGUUUAUGAUUAAUUGGUACAAAUUUGGUUCAGUGAUAUUAUAUUCUUCAACGUAUUUACUCUUAACUCUUUGUGUACUUCAGGAAAAGAGUAUCACUGAGACUCACCUCUACAUCAAGCGAACGAUGUACAGUGUGAGUGGGUGAUGGUGUGUGAUUGAGUGGUUGUGCGGGCCUAUCUCUGGGCUUAGGUGUGCACAUGCAAGGAUUAGGUUUAAUCAUGUUUAUAUUACCUUAAUCCUGUUGCCCUUUGAAUAGGUUGUGCUUUUUCAUUAUUUUUUGAAGAAAUUAUUUGACUUGUGUGAGUUUCCAAGAAGUUUUGUGAUUGUGAGGAUGGUUGGGGGAUGCACCUUGGCAUGGUAUAGGAUACAAACGGUUUUUGUUUCUAUAGUUGUUGAUACACAAAAUAUAAUGUAACCGUAUAUAACGCACAUAAUUAUCUAUAUCAUGGCUACUACUAUUUUGUAUGUCUCUUCUUAGAUUUUUUUUUUUUUUUUUAUAAUUAUUAUUUUUAUGAUUGUUAUUAUUCACAUUUGCAUUUACUUAUUCAAUGUUAUAUGAACCAGACUGUUUCAAUUUUUGUCAUGUGACAAAGCUGGAUUAUCAUCAAUUUUCAUUAUUCUUUUUUAGAAAUGUACUUAACUUUAAGGGAAAAAAGAACUUAUACACAGAGUUAAGAACCUCAGUACAUUUGAACAUUGCUGGUUUGCAAGGGAUUUCUUUUCGUACUUUGGAUGUGCAAUACCUGUGAUAUUUUCAAUAUCUGUUGAGGUAAUGAUCUUUAAGGACUAGAAAUCAGAGGAUGUAUAAAAUUAUGUAUGUACAAACUCAGUAUAUAUAUAUGUGUGUGUAUAGGAAUAUAUAUUAUAG